UUAUAUACAUAUGUUUUAUUCUUAAUAGUUAGAACUUUAUCCCAACUGGUCAAAACAAUGUGACCACCUGUGAUUCUGAUACUGUUCAAGACGUUAGCCAGCAGACCAGCAAAGAUGAGUAUGUAUCUGUCCAUGACUUAGGCUUGUGGAAGUCUUUGGCAGCAUUCAAAGUCUUCUCCAGAAAUGCCAGUCUUAUUUUACUCACAACCACAUUUUCGGUUGAGAGGUCGACGUCCAUUGCAACUUAAUUUUCUGGUCCCUCUCAGACAGCGAAAAGUUGGAACAAUGAUCGUACAGUAGAGAUGAGUCACGGGACUUGGUUGACUUGGUCGUGGAUGAAGAAAUUGGAGCCCAUAAAUCCCUUUGACGGGCGAAAGAGUAGUCAAGAAGAAUGGUAAAUUCGAAAGCUGUAAAUUUGGAGCAAGAUAAGAAAAUGAUUUUUCUGUAACAUGUAAGGAUUCAAAGUGGCUUUUCAUUUUAGUUGGUAAUCAGAUUCUCAUGCUAGUGCUGCGUUUGCUCUUUAAUAGGAGCAUUUUGCCUUUCUUGGAAUGGAAUACCAAUAGAGCUAGAGAUAGAUUCGAAUCAAAUCAAAUUUGGAUAAAGAUCUAUACAAACUUGGCUCGAAUUUUUAAUGCCCAACUCAAAUUUGAUGGAAUUGAUACAUAAUUUUGCAGGAAAGAUAUCAUCAGUUCAUUUCCAGCACAGUGAUCAAUUUCAUUGUAGGAAGAAUGCAGAUUGCUAGUGAAAGCCAAGUUAUGACUCACUAUAUCAGUGAAAAAAUUGUAGUUUAACCCUCCUGAAUUUUAUCUUGAUUCGCCACUUGUUGGCGUCCAAUCUAAACUCACGAAUUAAAAUAUGUUUUUCGUUGCUAUGUUUUAUUUCUUGCAGCGUAGCCAACAUGUAACAAUGGAGGGCACUUCGAACAAGUAUCUUUAUAAUUCAAACAUCCAAUCAGUUCGUCUUAACUCAUUAUAUAUGUUCUUCCUCACUUCCCUAAUUUCCGUUGCCGUUCCAGGCGAUUCACCGGCUCCAAACCCUUCCACAAAUAGCAAACUUGUCAAUUGCGGUGGGCAAGGCAACAUAACUGCUUUCGACAACCGGAACUGGAUUGGAGAUAAUGAUAACCCUCUCCUAGAUUUACAAGCAAACGGAAAAUCAAGAGUCUCUGAAUCGCCAUUCACCUACAUCGACAAGGUUUACUUGCGAGCCCGGUAUUCCUAUUCGCCAUUCACCUACGUAUUCCGCAUCUCCGCAGGUCAAAAGUUCAUCCGCCCGCAUUUCUAUCCAGAUUCUUGUAAAGAAAUUGAAAGCUCUAAAGAUUUAUUCUCUGUUACUGCCAGUUCUUUUACUCUUCUCAGCAAUUUUAUGCCUUCACGUAUAGCUGUUACUUCCGGCCAAAAAGCCAUUUUCAAAGAAUUUUGCAUUGACGUCGAAGAACAUCAAAGUUUAAACAUUACGUUCACUCCAGAUGGCCAUGAUGCAUAUGCUUUUAUCAAUGGAAUUGAAAUAUCAUCCAUGCCAGCCAAUCUUUAUUAUACCGGACCAGGAGAUAAACCAUUAAAAUUUCUUGGCCUAGUGAAUUCAUACGGUAUUGAAAACAGCAGUGCCCUUGAAACAGUGUACCGAAUAAACAUCGGCGGGAGUUUUAUCUCACCCCAGGACGACACAGGCCUGUAUCGAACUUGGCUUGUUUGGAAGAAAGACUACUUGACAGAUGCGAGACCAAGGGCUUAUGUCUUUAACUCUAGUAUUAGUCUCAGUUUCCGUCAGACACCUAAUUACACUGCUCCAGUUGAAGUAUAUAAAACUGCUAUGUCGAUGGGACAAGACAGAAAUGUUAACGAAAAUUAUAAUCUCACUUUGGGGUUCCCAGUGGAUUGUGGGUUCACGUAUUUUGUUAGGCUUCAUUUUUGCGAGAUUCAGGUAGAGAUAAAAGAGCUUGGCGAUAGAGUUUUUGAGAUCUUCAUAGCUAACCAAACUGCUGAGACUCAAGCAGAUGUGAUUCGAUGGAGUGGUGCAAAUGGUGUUCCCGUAUACAGAGAUUACGCUGUGAUAAUAGGUUCAGAAGGAAAUGAGAAGCAGAAGAAUCUCACCAUUAAACUCCACCCAGCUCCCAGAUGGAAGACCAAAUACUCGGAUGCCAUCUUGAACGGUCUUGAAAUCUUCAAAGUGGACAAUAAUAAAAACCUGGCAGGAGAUUAUUCUGUCCCUAUGACCAACCCACCCAAGGUUGUGUCACUAAAGAAUUCUAAACGUGCAGAAAUUAAAAUUUCCAUAAUUGCUGUAUCCAGCUUUAUGGUGAUUUUUAUUAUAAUUUUAAUCAUUUUUUGGCUUAGACGGAAAACGGUAGAUUCAGGGUCCGGCGCUGGGGUUUCAAUGGGUCCAACUUCUGGUAACGCUGAGUCAAGUGAGUCCCGUGGCUUAACUCAACCAGUUGAUGAUCUUUGUACCCACUUUUCACUAUCUGAAAUCAAAGUGGCUACAAACAACUUCGACGAAAUUUUAAUAAUCGGAGUUGGAGGGUUUGGUAACGUGUACAAAGGCUGGUUCAUUGAUAACGAGGCCACUCCUGUUGCCAUCAAACGCUUGAAUCCAGGGUCACAGCAGGGUGCCCUAGAGUUCAAAACAGAAAUUGAAAUGCUCUCCCAGCUCAGACACCGUCAUUUGGUGUCUCUAAUUGGUUACUCCGACGAAGAUGGGGAGAUGAUCCUUGUAUACGAUUACAUGGCGCGUGGAACGCUACGAGGUCAUCUCUAUAACACCAAUAAUCCUCCUCUUCCAUGGAACCUAAGGCUUCAGAUUUGCAUCGGUGCAGCUCGUGGGCUUGAUUAUCUUCACACUGGCGCCAGGCACAAUAUCAUUCAUCGUGAUGUGAAGACAACAAAUAUCUUGUUGGAUGAAAGAUGGAUAGCCAAGGUUUCAGAUUUCGGAUUGUCCAAAAUAGGACCCACAACCAUGUCCCAAACUCAUGUUAGUACAAUGGUCAAGGGUACUUUCGGGUAUUUAGAUCCGGAUUACUUUCUUCUUCAGGAGCUUACAGAAAAAUCUGAUGUAUACUCUUUUGGUGUAGUGUUAUUGGAAGUAUUGUGUGCUAGACCACCUCUACUCCGAGCGGUGGAUAGGAAGGAAGCGAGUUUAGCUGUUUGGGCCAGAGAAUGUCAUAACAAUGGUACUUUUGAUCACAUUGUUGAUCCAUUUUUGAAGGAUAAGAUAGGGCGCGAGUGCUUGAAGAAAUUUGGAGAGGUAGCAGUAAGCUGCUUGAAUGAAGAUAGGAACAAAAGACCAUCCAUGAGUGAAGUAAUAUAUGGACUCGAGUUUGCAUUUCAGAUUCAGAAUAGUGAAGAGAAGGAUGAGGAACUUGGCGAAGUUGAAGAUGGGAUAACGCCUCUUGAGAAUUCAGAUUGCAGUCUCCUGUUCAAUCUGUGAGAAUAUAUAGCGACUAGUUAUUGUCAUCUUUUUAUACUACAUGUUCAGGUCUCCAUUAAUCGAGUUGUGUUCUCUGUAUUAAGAAACCCACAAGAACAAUCAGCAAACUAUUAUCCUCUUCGAUCAAUUUGUUCUAUA